AAAACACAUAUAUUCGGUCUAUAGCUUCCGCAUAAAGCUGAGGAAAAGGAAGAGAAAAGACGCACACCGAAGAAAAACAAAAGACUCCAUAAUCUCCUGCUUCUUCGUCUCCGCAAGAUUUUUCUUCUGAAACUAAUUUGAUUCAGCCAUGGCUAAUGCGGCAUCAGGAAUGGCAGUCCACGACGACUGCAAGCUGAAGUUUCUGGAACUGAAAGCGAAACGAACAUACCGUUUCAUCGUUUACAAGAUUGAGGAGCAGCAGAAACAAGUGAUUGUAGAGAAAGUCGGCGAGCCUGGUCAAUCCCAUGAUGACUUUGCAGCAAGUCUUCCAGCUGAUGAAUGCCGAUACGCCAUUUUCGAUUUUGAUUUUGUCACUGCAGAGAACUGUCAAAAGAGCAAGAUUUUCUUCGUCGCAUGGUCUCCGGACACAGCAAGAGUGAGAAGCAAGAUGAUCUAUGCGAGUUCUAAGGACAGGUUCAAGAGAGAAUUAGACGGAAUUCAAGUCGAGCUUCAAGCAACUGAUCCAACUGAGAUGGAUCUUGAUGUUUUCAAAAGCCGAGCCAACUGAGGAAGAAAUCCUUAAAAAAAAAGAUGAAAAAGAAUCGGUUAAAAUCGAACUUUUUCCUAUUAUUGCCUAGUGACAUACUUUUUUCUUAAAGUUUGCUGUGACGGCACCAACCAAAACAGCUUCAUUUUAUCGGUCUUUGGUCUUUGUCUUCGAUGUGUUUUUUUUUGUCUUUACAGUGUUUUGUCUUAAAACUUAAGAGAUCUGGCUUGUGCUCUUUUACCAUUGUGUAAGAAACCAAAGCCCUUUAUCAAAUGAAACCCUAUUGGCACACUUUGUCUU